UAACUUCUACAGUCGCAUACGCAUUUGAUUUGAGUGAGAGAAGAAAAAUGGGGAAGAACAAGAAGAAGAGAAGUAGGGUUUCCGUCUCCGACGAAGACGAAGAAAUUGAAACCAAUAACAACAACGAUUCCAAUCAGAGCCAAAGCUCACUCUACCAGGUUCUCGGUGUGGAGAGUACAGCGACGCAACAGGAGAUUAAGAAGGCGUAUCACAAAUUGGCGUUGAGGCUUCAUCCUGAUAAGAACCCUGGUGAUGAGGAAGCUAAAACUAAGUUUCAGCAAUUGCAAAAUGUUAUCUCAAUUCUUGGAGAUGAACAAAAACGGGCAAUGUAUGAUCAGACCGGUUCAGUUGAACAUGCUGACCUUGCUGGAGAUGUUGCUCAGAAUCUUCACGAAUAUUUCAGAACAAUGUACAAGAAGGUCACCGAAGCUGAUAUUGAGGAGUUUGAAGCAAACUACAGGGGAUCUGACUCUGAGAAAAGUGAUUUGAUUAAUCUCUACAAGGAAUGCAAGGGUAAUAUGAACAGGUUAUUCUGUUCAAUGCUUUGUUCGGAUCCUAAACUCGACUCACACCGAUUCAAGGAUAUUAUUGAUGAGGCCAUAACUUCUGGAGAAUUAAAGGAAAAGAAAGCAUACAAGAAAUGGGCAAAGAAAAUAUCAGAAACCAAGCCACCAACUAGUCCUUUAAGGAGGGAAAAAGCAAAUAAGAAGCCAAAAACAGAUUUGUAUGCUAUCAUAUCAAAACGACAAAAUGAGAGAAAAGGCCGGCUUGACUCUAUGUUCUCCUCUUUAAUUUCAAAAUAUGGUGGAGACCAUGUGCCAGAACCGUCUGAAGAGGAAUUUGAAGCUACACGAAGAAAGAUGGAAAGCCGAAGAUCCUCAAAAAAGGCAAAGCGAAAAUAACCAACUUACCUUUGUGAAUAGUCUGUUUCUCUCAUGGUGACUGUCACCUCAGCAUUGUUGGUAGGAACAACUAUGUUAUUUUCAUAUGUAAGUUUAUAUAUAACUAGUUAGUUAAUGUCUAAGUAGACCAGUAACAUUCCUAAAUAUUUGAGGCCUUGAGUUUUCUAGUACCAAUUUAAGUCUUCAAUGUUCUUGGUGAAUUUAUGCUUUAAAGCAGACAAACUAUUUUAUGCUACCGUGGCAUUUACAAA